CAUGUUACCAUCAUUAGAGAAAAUUAUGAUGUGACGCACUUGUGCUCUUGUGCCAUCAUUCAUGCAAGAAUAAAUUCAAACACCAAACAGAAUGGAAAGGGAGGUAAGCAUCAAUCAUAUGAAGUGGGAAAUUAAGAUAAAUAUAGAAUAUGAUUUGCCUCAAAUGUAAUGUUUAACCAAGAAAAUCAUGCAUCGGUUUGUUGUUUUAUUAAAGUAUUCAUAACUGGUAUUCUUCAACAAAUUCAGCAGCUUUUCUACUGUGUAUAUGCUUUCAGCUAUCAUAAGUCAUUUGCGUACGGAAAAGGUUGUAGAACAGUGAAGCCCACAAAUGUGGACAUGGAUAAAUAAAUGUUAGCAAGUGAAAAAAUAAAAGCAGAGUUGAGGAGAGAUUAAUCCCAUCAAAUUUCUUCCUUUAAUGCUCCAGCCUUCAGCUAUAUUUUUACACUAGUGUACAAGCAGUAGGCAUCUUAUUAUUGAGAUGAAAAUGGAGAAGAGUUGGGUUCUGGCUUUUCUCCUCCUCCAAGUACUUCCAACAGAAGGUGAUUUUGGGGUGGGUGCCGGAAUUGGUGUUGGAAUUGGCAAUGGUGAUGGUGGGGGUGGUGGUGGGGGUGCAUCUGUGUGGAUUGGUGGUGGGAUUGACGGCCAAAACCCUCCUGGGUAUACAGCUUCAAGCCUCAGCAGUGCGUACACAGCUCUCCAGGCAUGGAAAUCUGCUAUUACAGAUGACCCAUUGAAGGUUUUGCGCACUUGGGUUGGCUCCAAUGUGUGUGCUUACAGAGGAGUCUUCUGUGCAGAUCCUGAAGAAGAUGGGUCUGGACAAACCGGCCCUGUUGUUGCAGGAAUAGAUCUCAACCGUGCAAAUCUUCAGGGCACUCUUGUGAAGGAACUUUCUGUCCUUACGGACAUGUCUCUCCUCCACCUCAGCGGCAACAGAUUCACAGGCACAGUUCCUGAAAGUUUCAGAUAUCUCCUCUCUCUCAAAGAGUUGGACCUAAGUAACAACCACUUCUCGGGUCCUUUCCCUACAGUGACUCUUCUCAUGCCAAAUCUCAUAUAUCUGGACAUCAGAUUCAACAACUUUGCAGGGCCCAUUCCUGAUGAUCUCUUCAACAAGGAGCUUGACGCCAUCAUAAUCAACAAUAACCAGUUUGAUGGCGAACUUCCUCCAAAUUUGGGGAACUCACCAGCUUCUGUGAUAAAUUUGGCUAACAACAAGUUCAGUGGGAACAUCCCAACUAGCUUUGCGUACAUGAAUCCUAAAUUGAAGGAGAUUUUGUUCCUCAACAACCAAUUAACAGGGUGCAUUCCUGAGGGAGUUGGGAUGUGGGAUGGAAUGGAAGUUUUGGAUUUGAGCCACAACUCACUGAUGGGCCAUUUGCCAAAUUCAAUUUCUUGUCUUGAGGAGAUUGAAGUUCUUAAUUUGGCACACAACAAGCUGUCUGGGUCACUCUCAGACCUGGUCUGUUCACUGAGAAGCAUUGUGAAUCUGACUGUGGCUUACAAUUUCUUUUCUGGGUUUGGGCAAGAAUGCUCCAAGCUGUUCUUCAGGAAUGUGGGUUUUGAUUUCUCAGUGAACUGCAUUCCGGGAAGGGACAUGCAGAGGCCUCAACCAGAUUGCUCUGUGAUUCCGGGAGGGGGGUUGAACUGCUUGAGAAUCCCUUCUGCAAGGCCCCUCAUUUGUGGGUUGGUUGGAAGCCCAGAGACUGAUCCAAGCCCAUCAUCUCCAUGAGGGAGAGAGACAGAGAGGGAGACCAGUGCUGUAAAACAGGUUGGUGACGUCUCUUUCAUCAAAUGACAGUAAUUAUGAUGCAGAGCUUCCUAAUUUAUUUUUCUGGAUUCAGUACAUCUGUAAGUUAUUAUAUCUCUCUUGAAUGGAUAAGACAUGCUCAGAAAGUGAUAGAAAUGAAUUUAUUUUAGUCCCUUAAUGUAUGAUUCUGGUUGGAGUGCUUUAA